AUGUUGGAAAAGCUCUAUAGUACUUGUUACACCAUUACAGGAGCGCCUGGUGUCGGAGGCAAGCCUGGACCUCCGGGAAUGCGCGGGAUGCGUGGUGCUAAAGGAAUACCAGGACAACCCGGUCGAGAUGGCGCUCCAGGAAUGCCUGGGCCACAAGGCCCACCGGGGCCACCAGGAGCAGACGGGAAAACUGGAUCGCCUGGAACAAAAGGAGAAGACGCAGAGCAGCCCAUGAGCAGAAAGGGACCACGAGGCCCACCAGGUGAGCCAGGCGAGCAAGGACCUCGGGGAUAUCCCGGUCGAAAUGUGCACAUCGGCCCAAUGGGUGCACCAGGGAUGAACGGCGUCCAAGGAUUUCAGGGAGCUGCAGGCCCAGAUGGCGAACCAGGCCCCAUGGGUCCUCCUGGAGCUCCAGGGAAGGAUGCUACGUAUUGCAAGUGCCCGAGAAGAGGUGAUCCCGAUGGUCCGCCACGUAACUGGAAACGUCUCCGCUUCAUAUAG